AUGACAGAACGGCCAGCAGUAGUUCUUGCCUUGUUCUUAUGCAUCCAAACAUCGUGUGCUUUCGUAACCGAGACGACAUUUAUGAUAGGCCAUAAGAAAUACGUCGAAAGAUUCGAGCAACCAUGGUUUCGAGUUCCCCAUAGCGAUCACAAGAAGGUCGACGCUGCAAAUGUGGAGUCAUCUUCGUUCGGCAAACACAGCAUACCGGAUGGUGACGUUUUCAUUGCACCUGAUUGGACGCCUUAUGAGGAAAAGUACCUGCCCUGUCUGGAUAGGAAAUGCAUUUGUCCAUAUUUUAACGGAACAAUACGUGAAAAUGACUGCGUUUUAAAAAAUGGGAAGCUGUUAAAGAGGGCCAUUCGACAGGAGAUAAGGACACUCGACGAUGUUGUUCGAAAGCAGUUUGAGGAUACAGUGAACUGGAUGAAAAGAAUUGGUUUGUACAACAGAAUAGCGCGAGUUCAUAAGUAUGCUGGAGUGCACUCAGGUCCAGCUUUCACUCUUUGGCAUCGUGAAUUCCUUAAAAGGUUUGAACUUGUGAUUCGUCGCCAUCUAGUCGAUCCGAACAUGGGAGUUCCCUACUGGGACAGCACACUUGACUCGGAGCUACCAAAUCCGCUCGAUUCUAUCAUCUUCACAAAUAUAUUCUUUGGUGAAACCGACGAAAAUGGAUUUGUCGUUAGUGGACCGUACGUCAACUGGACUACAAUGGAGGGACGACCGCAAAUUUUUCGACGGGUGGGUGAGAACCCUGCUGGGGAACUGCUUAGCAACGGGAGGGUAGAUUGGAUUGUGAACAACCCUGACAUCAACAUGGUCCUUGGAAUCACCAUGCCGCUUACGCCGAUGACCAACCGUGAAGCGCUCUCCAAUGGGUACACUGAUGAGAUGUAUGAAUACGCUCCGCGACCAAACUGUAGUCGAACUAACCCAGACUGUCAUUCAAAGUACCUAUUUUGUCACAUCCCCAAAGAGGAAGAUGCACGCUGCAUGUCAAAAGUGCGCAUUGGUGGGAACUGUGCCGGUUUUGAGAACACUGAGAUCUGUUACAAUUCCAGAUGUGUGAAAGGUCUUUGUCAACAAAAAAAUAAAAAAUCCGAUACGCCUAAAGACGUCGAUAUGGCUGGAUUGUUUAUGUAA